UUGACAUCUUCGUCCCUCGGUAUAGAACAGGCCCUAAUCACCAAUCCUAACAUCAAACUCAUUCGCACCAGUCGCACUGCCUGUGCACCUCACGACCAGGACUCGAAGGACGUCUACGACCUUGUGGUUAUCUACAAAUCUGCGCCAUACCACUUCGAGGAGCGGAGACGAAUUCUUGAGGCGUAUCGCAAUCUGCCAGGUCGUAUUCGUGUUGUGUUCGCACUGGAGCAACUGCGGGCCGAUGUGGCAGGCAAUCUAUUCCACAUGAACGGUGGCUUCGACAUUCGAUUGCCAGAGAAUGUGGGUGCUAAGGCAGGGGAAUGGGCACGGCGGGCAACUGAGGCUCGAGAGAGAGUGUUGGCGGAGGCAGACGAGUUCGGUGACAUGAUCAUUGGCGACUACGUGGAUACCUAUGUGAACCUGACCUUCAAGCUCAUAAUGAGCCAUCGAUGGGCUUCUGCAUUUUGCCAAGAUGUACUCAUGGAGCUGGUGGUAGCCGAAGCCUACACGCGCUUCCUGUAUGUGGAUGAUGCAUUCAUGGGCUUCGCCGUAGCUAAAUUGCCACAUCUGCGUUUCCACAGCUUGAAGGGCUUCUACCUCGACUCCACCAAUAACCAGUCAGCUCUCAUAGCAAAAUCACCACUCAGGUUCUGA